CUGGUCCACUGUGCAAUGUUUGUUUUCGUUCAAUUACAUUCCAGAUCAAAAUUCUAUGCUUAGAGAGAGUUGAAAUGUCUUCUGAAAUUCUACAAUCAAUUCAUUACAGAAUAUUGUACACAAGUAUAAUUGUUUACGUUAACUUCAUGAACGUAAUUACAUUGUAGUAUAAAUCCAUAAGUUUGCUAUAAGUGAAAAAUAGAAAGUUGCAUUUUUCUGCAUUUGUUUCAAAUAAGUACGAUAGAGAACAACACAACAACGCUCAAAGGUGCACGAAUUUGUGAAAAAGAUUGUGUUAAAUAUCUGCAGACAACAAAUCAAGUAAUGAAUACAGUUCAGAGCACUGGCAAUGCUAAUGUUAGAAACAAAAAGGACUCGGAGUUCGAGGAGAUAACAGUUUCUUCCUCUGAAAAAAGGAAUUGGAGAGGAAUAUUGAUAGCUCUGUUAGUGAUAGCUGCAGUUUUGGGUCUUAUAGUAUUUUCUAUUCUACUUCUGUCACCAGAAAUUGAUUCAACGCGUUUCCACGGGAAAGGAAUCAGUUUUAAUGAUUUACUCGCCGGUCGAUACGAAUGGAGGUCAUACAAUGGAACCUGGCAGAGCAAUUUCGAAUAUGUAUUUAUCAAUACUGAAGGAGGUUUAUCAUCCGUGAACUUAAAUGAAGGAAAAGUAAUUGGAUCAAAAGUGCUGAUUAAAGCUUCAAUUCUUAGGCAGUUUAAUGCUGAUAGUUUCAUCGUAUCUCCUGAUCGGAAGUUUGUACUUUUAUACUCAGAUGUUGAUGCUCCUUAUAACACAAGUUAUCACAUAUACGAAUUAGAAUCAUCGAGAACUAUCGUGCUUUCUACAAAAGGAAACGAUCAAACUGCUCCAAAGCUACAGAAUGUUCUUUGGGCUCCUGGGCGAAGCGGCGAUGGACCUGGAGGCGAAAAAGAUUUUUUCCAAGGUAUUGCGUUUGUUCAUGGAGCUGAUAUAUAUUACAAACCUAAAGUACAAGGCGAUUUGAUUUGUAGAAUCACAUCGAAUGGCAAAAGCGAACAUCUUUUGAAUGGCGUUCCAGAUUGGUUAUACUCAAAUGUUGCAGAAUUGAAAAGUGCUACUCUAUCGUUUUCACCAGAUGGGCAUUAUUUAUCAUAUCUGUCCUUUAAUAUAUCUACUGUACACAAAUAUCAGUACAUCUGGUAUGGAAAUGAUGAUCAAUAUCCUAGCAUUAGAAGCAUACGCUAUCCAAAACUAAAUUCACCUAAUCCUGGCGUGAUGGUACACGUAGUAAACUUAAGCAUUUUGAAAGUCAUAUCUCAAAAAACUAUUACAAUUCCUUCCCACAUAAGCAAGGAGAGCUAUGUGGGUGGAAUGAUUUGGAUCUCAGCCUAUGAGCUUUCUGUUACCUUCACCAAUCGAGAGCAAAAUGUGUCCUAUAUCUUGCUGUGUGCGGCUCCAAAUUUUAAUUGUUCAGAGAUUUUUAGUGAACGUGCAACUGAAAAUGGAUGGGCUCUGAUUGCUGAAGCCCCUUAUUUCAUAAAAACAGAAAGAAAGUUUGGGUUUAAUGCGACGCUUGCAACUCUUUCACAUGAAAAACAGGAAGAUAUUUUCAUGCUGAAACGCUUGAGUGUACGAGUUGGUCCAUAUAGCUAUUUUAGACAUAUCGCACUUAUUCCAUUAGACACAAAAAUACCGAUUAUAUUGACUAUCGGUCCAUUCGAAGUGACUGAAAUCAUAGGAUAUGACACGGUUAAUGAGUGCGUUUACUACAUGGCCGCCCCAGAGCGCAAACCAGGCCAACGACAUUUAUAUAAGGUUGACUUGACGUUGAAUCAGAACACCGAACACAUUAGCAUGAAAGCUAAAAGCGUGACAUCUCUUUGUAUUUCAUGUGAUAUUAAUGUUGGUCAAAACAAAUCAUCUAACAAUACGAGCUAUAUGAGAGUUGAUAAAGCUUUUAGUUCAAAUUGCAUGUUCAAUAAAAUAUUCUUCAAUUCAGAUUAUUCUUAUUACGUUCAAGAAUGUAUUGGUCCAGACUCACCGGCGUCAUAUAUAGUUAACACAACUUCAGGAAAAAUGAUUUUCAUUUUGGAUAACGGGGACUAUCUUAAAAGUUUGUUAUUUGAGGUUGCUAAGCCACAAAUCAUGACUUUCAGCGUUCAAAUAAGGUACGAUUUCCACGCUCAAGUUAGAAUGUACCUGCCACCAGGCAUCGAAGAAGAUGAUGAUGUACAGCUCCCACUUAUAUUGCAUGUCGAUGCUUCUCCAGAAUCUCAAUUGGUUUCAGACAGAUAUAAAAUAGAUUGGAAUUGGUAUAUAUGCAGCUUUCAGUCUUACAUUAUUGCUCAAAUCGAUGCCAGAGGAUCCGGAUUUCAAGGAGAAAGUCUAAAAACGCAAAUACGAGGAAAAGUUGGUAUUGAAGUCGAAGAUCAGCUAUCUGUCUUAACAUAUCUGCGUGAUAACGUGAAGCUGGUAGAUGCUAACAGAAUUUGUAUAUACGGUUGGGGAUACGGAGGAUAUAUAUCAUCAUUGAUGAUUGUAAGUGACACUGAUAAUGUAAUAAAAUGUGGAGUGGCUAUCAAUCCAAUAGUGUCAUUUAAAUAUUUUUAUUCUUUUUUCACAGAACGUUACGUAGUUGAUUUUGCCGAUGACGACCAUACAUUGAUAGAUUCUGAUCUAUCGAUGAAGGCUGGUAACUUUGCCAGAAAAAAAAUAUUGUUGGUCCACGGAACAGCAGACACGUUUGUUCACGAGCAACAUGUUGCAUUGUUGACCAAAGCUCUGAUCGAGGCCAAUGUCAUGUUUAGACACCAGAUUUAUGUCGAUGAAGAUCAUGAUAUGACAGAAGUAAAACAACAUCUGUAUCACACAAUAGAAUCGUACUUUGAAGAAAGUUUUCAGGGCAAUGAUCAGGAUUGGACUACCACUUUUUUUCUUUCCAAAUCGUAGCAACUGAUUAAUAAAAUACCGAAUAUGAGAAGUAAGGAUUUGAAAAAUCAGCCCUGAAAAUAAAUAGUUUUGCUGCUUGGGACGUAUA